GGGCUCCCUGCGCCAGCUGUAAACCACUGAAGUCAUGCCGUGGCCAAAGACGAACGGGUGGGCAACCCCUUUCUCUCUCCUCUUCUUAUGGGCUUCCUACAUGUCUACAACAAGCCAGGCAGAGGACAUGGUGCCCCUGGAACAUCUCAGCAGCUUGCAAGCCUCCAAAGCGUCUUUGGUUUACUUUCGGACGGACACUUCUCCAUCUGCUGAGAUGUUCUUGGAACAGCUGGAUAAAUCCACGGAUGCGCUCCGAGAUUAUGGGAUUUCAGUCCUCAAGGUCAACUGUCACAGCGGAAAACUAUCCGGUUACUGCAGAGAUGACAGCUCAGUGGCGAAAGCAUACCUGUUCAGGGGACACGUGUUGCUUCGUGAGCUCCCCACGGACGCCUUGUUCAGUGUGGAUGCCAUUGUGGCCAACGUGCUCUUCGCCCUCCUCUUCAACGAAGUGAAAUACAUCGCCACUCCGGCAGACCUCCAGAAGCUGGAAAACUCUCUGAAGGGCUCCUGGGACCUGGUCUUUGCCUAUGUGCAGGCUGUUGGGACGGCAGAGCACAGAGCAUUGAUGGAGGCUGCUUUCGUCUACGACUCUCUUAAGUUCGCCUUAACCACGGAAGUGACGGUUUUGAGGAGCAUUCGCAGCGGAGAGCCGGAUGUGCCAAGCUCAAAGCUCUUUUUCUGCCACUGCAAAGUGGCCACGGAUCUGGACCAGCCGUGCCGGAGGACUCUGAUGGGGCAGCCGCUGACCACGCUUAACAUCCACAGGUUCCUGAAACUGAUGGCGGAGCCGCUCGUGGUAGAGGCUACAGAAGAUCCAGAAAAGGUUUCCACCACUCACCUCCACCUGGGCCUUCCGCUGAUCUUCAUCCUGACUCACGAGGAAACCUUUGAGGCAGAUAAAGGAAUUGCAGAGUUUGUGGCCUGGCAGCUGCUGGGCAAAGCUGGAGUCCUCCUCCUGUCGAGGAGCUCCAUCAGCCUGGAUGUUCUUCCCCGGUAUAACGUUGCUCUCAAGACACCUGAGGAGGGUGCGCCUGUUAAAUACUUGGUUCUGAAAGACAUGGAUGAGAUCAUAGCCUUGGUGGAAAAUGGCAAGCAGAAUGAACGCACACAGGAACGUGAGGAGGAGGAGGAAGAAGAGGAGGAAGAGGAGGAAGAUGGUGAGAACUACGAACAAGAGAUCCAAGACGACGAGGUGGUGGAAUCGCUCAUCAGGGACCGGAAGCGUGAACUUCCUCUUGAGCACAUCCAGACCCUGACGGAAGACUCCUUCGCCCCUACUCUCGCAAAGACCAACUCCACGGCGGUGCUCUUCUAUGCCAGCUGGGAAGCCGUCUCCCUGGUCGUGAUGCAGUCCUACGCCGAAGUUGCUGCCCGUCUGCAAGGGACUCCUGAGAUUACGCUUGCGAGGGUCAACUGCUGGGACUGGCCAGACCUCUGCACACAGCAAAACGUCACCCAGUUCCCGACCGUCAAGAUGUAUGUGGAAGCGGGGAGGUGGCUGGCCUACUCUGGGAUGUGGGGAGUCGAGGAGAUGCUCAGGUUCAUUGAGCUAAGCAGAACCUCCUGUCCAGUGAAGUUGACAACAGCCAAAGAAGUGGAAGAGUAUUUAAGGAUCAAAACUUCGGUUUCUGUUUUGGGACUGUUCGACUCGAGCAUGACUGAAGCGAGAGAAGCUUUCGUUGGAGCUGGAAAAGUCCUCAGUGGAUACGUCACAACAGGAAUCUAUGACGGAGAGGAUGUCGAGACUCUGUCCCAUAAAUAUAAGGCACCCCUUCCAGCUCUGCUGCUUGCUAGGCCCGAGGCGAUGACCGUCGUCCAGCUCUCAGAGUUCAGCGUGGCAGACAUGGUUGAAGUUAUCCGCCGUGCAUUGCUGGAAAUCUUUCCGGAAAUCACAGUCGGCAACCUCCCAGAGUACUUCCGGCUGGAGAAACCUUUGCUCCUCCUGUUCAGCGAUGGGGCUCUAGGUGAAAGCCAUGAAGGAGAAAUGAGGCGUUUGGCCACAGAAGAGCGCCGGAAAGACUAUGUUCCCUGCUGGAUGAACCUCAAAAACACCCCUGCAGGAAGAGGAAUCCUAAAGGCCUAUUUUCGGAGCUCCAUCCCUCCGCUGCCUCUCCUCCUCUGGAUCAACCUCCAUUCCGGGGGACAAGUGUUUGCUUUCCCUCCGGAUCGUUCGGUUUCUGAAGCGAACGUCUUAGCUUGGAUCGAAAAGCUGAAAUCCGGCCAAGAAGUUCCGAGCGCUGUCCUGUCGGGUGACGAGUGGAGGCCCCGCCUCCCCGCCUACGACUUCCUGGGCAUGAUGGAACCGCCGCUGCCGGAAUUUACCAUCUACAGCCGGGGGAGCGUUGGAACCUACCAGAAGGAAGAGGAAGAGGGAGGCCCCCCCGGAGGAAAGGCAUCACCGGGGACGGCAAGAGAGGACCCCACGGAAGACUCCGUCGUAUCUGAGCUGGAGAAAGACCAGCCGACCGGAGGGGACCUGAGAGGAACGGCCCCCCGUCUUGCAGCGAGGGAGAAGCAGUCGAAACGCCACGCAGAGCUGUGAAAUUUGCAGAAUUUUCCGGAAGCAGGAAACGGGCAGCAUGGCCAGGGAUGAUGGGAAUUGUAGUCUACAUGGAGGGUCCUUUGGUGCCCGCGACUCCUGCUGUAACCUGCGGCCAUACUCAGAUCUGCUGGUUUUUCUCCAAGAGCAUGCCCGGUAGCUUCUCUCAGUCCUUUCCAUACCAGGGCUGAAACCUUGACCCUUGUGUGGGCAAAACGUAGUUCC